GUCUUCACUUCAGGGUGGGAGAGUCUUCUAGCACUCAGCAGUGGAGCGACAAUGGCAGCCGUGGCGGCCGCCUCUCACCCUCCCACGUCCCGUUUUCAGUAAUCGACACUGAUGCGCCCAGCCGCCAUCAGUCCCCGUUCCCUCACAGCUCCGCUGAGAGCUGGCAUUUUCACCGGGGUUCCCUGUCAUCAUUACCGCGCAUUUUAUAACAACUCACACACUCUGGACUUCAUAAUAAGCCACCGAGUAGUACUUUAACCCUCCGUUUCUGAAUGACGGGCGGUCGGUUCGACUUUGACGAUGGUGGCACCUACUGCGGAGGCUGGGAGGAUGGCAAAGCCCACGGCCAGGGUGUGUGCACCGGGCCCAAGGGCCAGGGCGAGUACUCGGGCUCGUGGUCCAACGGUUUCGAGGUGGUCGGUGUCUACACCUGGCCCAGCGGGAACGUGUAUCAGGGCUACUGGGCGCAAGGGAAACGUCACGGACUCGGCGUAGAAACCAAGGGGAGGUGGAUUUACCGGGGAGAGUGGACUCACGGGUUCAAGGGCCGCUAUGGAGUCCGUCAGAGCCUUAAUACACCGGCCAGGUACGAGGGCACCUGGAGUAACGGACUGCAGGACGGAUAUGGCGUGGAAACGUAUGGUGAUGGAGGUACCUACCAGGGUCAGUGGACUGGUGGGAUGCGUCAUGGCUACGGCGUGCGUCAAAGUGUUCCGUACGGUAUGGCCUCUGUCAUCCGCUCACCCCUACGCACCUCACUGUCUUCCCUCCGCAGUGAGCAGAGUAAUGGUACAGUACUGCGUGACAGCCUGUCUGACAGCCCUGCUGGUACACGCGGUGGCUUUGUACUCAACUUCCACUCAGACGGAGAAGGUUCAGAGAAAAAGAAGGGUCUUUUUCGCCGUGGCUCCCUCUUCGGCAGCCUUCAGCGAUUGCGCAAAUCAGACUCUCGCUCAUCCAUUUCCAGUAAGCGCAGCUCAGCACACAGUGACACCACUAUGAGCCGCAUCAGUUCAAGUGACGCCAACUCCACUAUUAGCUUUGGAGACGGAGACCCAGGCGAUGACUACUUGCCUCUGGAGGACAAUGUGGAUGCCACCACCACCGAGUCAUACAUGGGGGAGUGGAAGAAUGACAAGCGCAGUGGCUUUGGUGUCUCAGAGCGCUCCAACGGCAUGAAGUACGAAGGUGAGUGGUUGAACAAUAAGCGCCAUGGCUACGGCUGCACCAUCUUUCCUGAUGGCACCAAGGAAGAAGGCAAGUACAAGAACAACGCGCUUGCCCGGGGCAUCAGGAAGCAGCUGAUCCUGCUGAAGAACACCAAGACCAAACAGAAGGUGGAUCGAGCCAUUGAGGGAGCAGUGAGAGCAGCAGCUAUCGCCAGAACCAAAGUAGAGAUUGCCAUCUCCAGGACGUCCCAUGCCCGGGCCAAAGCGGAGGCUGCAGACCAGGCUGCACAGUCAGCCAGUCAGGAUUCAGAUAUUGCUAGAGCUGUGGCAAGAGAGCUCUCCCCGAGCUUCCAUCAGCCAGGCCCUGACUACAUACGGCAGAAGUAUAAUGAGCCAGUAGAGGUAAAGGAGGUUCCUGUGGAGGAGAAAAAGGAGAAGUCUUCAUCAGGGAGCCCUCAUUUCUACCGGAAAGGCACAACACCCAACCAGUCUCCAUCUCAGAGCCCAGGUCCCAGCCCCACUCCUUCACCCACUGUUGUUAAAAAGACCUUUUUUAACAGUAAAGUUGAUGCUGCCGUCACUCCUGGGAAAGAGAACAAAACCCCAACAGCUGAGUCUUUGACAGCAGGCAUAUCAAAAACAGCAUCAAAACUUUCUCUCAGACAGGAAGUGAGGCAACAGGAGGACCCUCCAGCAGUCAAACCAGAUGUUACCAUGACAGUCAGCAGUUACCCCAGCAAUGGGCAGAUUCACUCCCAGUAUCACGGUUACUAUGUCAAGGCAGAUGUCAAGAUUCCGCCACCUGAAGAACCAACUGGUGGGGAGGAUGACCUUCACCCAUUAAGCCUUGCACGCUUGCCGCCACCUGCCAAACAGAUUUGGACACCAGCACUAAAAUCCCUGCCAACCCCUAGCCCUUCACCAGUCCCAUCUAAAGAGGACACCAAAGCACCAGAACCUCCCAAGCCAAAACGGCAGGAAUCAACCAAACCAAAGAGCCUAGCAGAAACCAAGAAAGCUAGUGUGGAAAUAGCCCCUGAAAUUGUAGAGGAGGAAUCGGGCCCGAACUCUAUCUUGGUGGCUCUAGUGAUGCUGUUGAACGUAGGUCUAGCAAUCAUUUUUGUCCAUUUCCUCACCUGACCAAAUCUGAAAUCAGGGGACUCAUCCAAACUAGUUGCCCAAGUCGCUAACUCUCCAUCAGCCAAAUGGCCAAAAAUGGCGCCCCUCAGAACGGCAGACACGGGCAAAAUGGAGGACUGAAAAUAGACGAAUGAAGGUGGAGAAGAAGUGGGGGGAAACACAUGGAGGAGAGAGAGGGGAAAAGCAGAGAGAGAGAGAAAUAUGAAACCACCCCACCCCCCCCCCUUUCUCUGGAUGGACUGAAUGAUUUGACUUGACUUGAUUGAACUGGCAAUGAUGAUUUGUGACUCCACUUAGAUGUGUGAAAGCUGUUGGUUGGAAAUGGGAGCCCCAAGUAUGGAUUCUCUAUCAGGCUUAGAAAUAACUGGAAGAGUUCAGUGAAUGUGAGUGAGGCCUGGCAUCUAUACUACCUAUAAAUGCCUGCAAUGUGCGUGCUUGUCUGUCUGUUUGUCCAUUUUCAUCCAACUGUUCAGCAAAUUUGGGAGUUUUGAAAGGGUUCAAUAAAAGGUUUGUGCGUCAUCCA